AUGACCGCUGCCCCGCCCCCAGCAGCGGCCCCGCCCCCCGCAGCUGCCCCGCCCAUCGCCCCAGCGCAGCCCCUCGAGCGGGGCCGGGGGUUGCGGGGUGGGGGUCACGGACCCUCCCCGCCCACGGAGCGCCCGUGGGUGAGCAGCCGGGCACCCCGCACCCCGCGGCCUGACCCCCCGGCAUGCCGGCUCGCUGCCGAGCGGGCGGCGCGGGGGCAGGAGCCCUGCACGGACACGCGAGGCCGGGCCGCCCGCCGCGGGUCCUUCCCCUGCUUGGACACCCCGCCGGUGAAAUUCACCCCUCCAGGCACCGUGAAGGUCCCCGAGGGUUUCACGUCUGUCAUGAGUGCCACGAGCUGGGAGAAGCAGAGGGAUAACACCUUUGUCUUCGAGAUGUCCCAUCUGAUCCCCUCCUGCCUGAUCGCUCUGGCUGUCGGGGACACUGUGUCUGCUGAUGUUGGCCCAGGGAGCCGUGUCUGGGCCGAGCCCUGCCUGAUCGAGGCUGCAAAGAAGGAGUACGACGGGGUGACUGAGGAGUUGGCAGUUGGAGAGAAGCUCUUUGGACCUUAUGUCUGGGGCAGGAAUGGCCCCCUGUUUCUGAAGGACCUUGUUGCCCAGGGCUGGGGAGGGAGCAUCCCUCUGUCCCCAGCCACAUCUGCAGGAGGAGGUGGGUCUGACCCCAGCCGUCUGCUCUUCCCUGGCAGGCACGACAUCCUCUUCACGCCGCCCUCCUGCCCCUCCGGCGGGAUGGAGACCCCCCGCCUCGCCUUCCUGACGCCCUGCCUGCUGGCCGGGGACCGUUCCCUCGUGGACGUCAUUGGGAUCUCCCACAGCUGGUUUGGCAACCUGGUCACCCACGCCGCGUGGGGCGAGUUUCGGCUGAGCGAGGGCUUCACCGUGUACGCCCGGAGCCGCGUUUCCACCGAGGCCUGUGGUUUGGCGUACACCUGGACAGGAAGGGCCCUCCUGUGCCAGCACAUGGACAAUGGGGAGCACCAUCCGCUCAACAAGCUGCGGGUGGUCAUCGAGCCAGGUGUUAAUCUUGACGACACAUACAAUGAAACGCCCUACGAGAAGGGGUACUGCUUCGUGAGCUACUUGGCCCAUCUUGUGGGGGACCAGAACAAAUUCGAUGCCUUCCUCCGCGAGGGCCAUGUGAACCAGUUCAAGUUCCAGAGCAUCACGGCAGAGCAGUGGAGUACUUACUUCCUGGAGCCGAAGGAAAAAGGCAUGGACUCCAUCCCAGGCUUUGAGUUCAACCACUGGCUGAACACACCGGGCUGGCCGCCCUACUCACCUGGGGAGCAGCUGAUGAAGCUGGCCGACGAGCUGGCAGAGCUCUGGGUAGCCAACAGCUUGAACAUGGAAGCGAUUGAAGCCGUGGACAUCAUGGCCUGGAGGAUGUACCAGCUGGUCUACUUGCUGGAUCAGGUCCUGCAGAAAUCCCCUCUGCCAGAAGGCGGUGUGGGAAGGCUGAGCAAGACGUACCCGAAGAUCUCCAAGGCCCAGAAUGUUGAGCUGCUACUGCACUGGUGCCAGACCGUCCUCAAGAACAACCUUGAGGCCGAGUACAGCAAGGGCAAGGACCUCCUCCACAGCCAGGGGAAGCAGAAGCACACCCUGCCCCUCUACCGCGACGUGUGGGGCGGGUCGGAGACAACCCGGGCCCUGGCCAUGGAGACCUUCUCUGCUACAGCCCCCCAGCUCCGCAUCAGCCUCCAGAACUACGUCAAGAAAAUCCUGGGCUUGGAGGUGGUGGAGGACUAA